AUGGAAAAUGCCAAUAAUGUCACAGAAUUUAUCUUGCUGGGACUUUCGCAGAAUAAGAAAAUCAGAAACCUGUGCUUUCUACUGUUCUUAUUCUGUUACAUGGCGAUUUGGGUGGGAAACACAUUGAUCAUUAUUUCCAUCAUGUGUAGCCAGCUGCUUGACCAGCCCAUGUAUUUUUUCCUGAACUACCUGGCCCUCUCAGACCUGUGCUACACAUCCACUGUGACACCAAAACUGGUCACUGAUUUGAUGGUGGAGACGAGUACCAUCUCUUAUGUGAGCUGCAUGGCUCAGCUUUUUGCCAUGCACUUCUUUGGGGGGAUCGAGAUACUCAUUCUCACGGUGAUGGCCUAUGACCGCUUCGUGGCCAUCUGCAAACCCCUGCACUACGCCAUCAUCAUGAGCAGGCUGAGGUGCAACACCUUGCUGAGUGCUUGCUGCGCUGGGGCCUUUCUGCAUUCCUUUGUUCAAUGUCUCCUUACCAUCCACCUACCCUUUUGUGGCCCCAAUGAAUUAGACCACUAUUUCUGUGAUGUAUAUCCUUUGCUGAAACUGGCCUGCACAGACACCUACACAGUUGGGGUCCUUGUAGUCGCCAAUUCAGGCAUGAUGGGGUUGGUGACCUUUGUGGUGCUGAUGCUGUCUUAUUUUUUGAUAUUAUACACCGUGAGGGUUUACCCUGCAGAGAGCCGCAGUAAGGCUCUCUCCACGUGCAGUUCCCACAUUACGGUGGUGGUGGUGUUCUUUGUGCCUGUCCUCUUCGUUUACAUCAGACCAGCCACCACUUUUCCAGAGGACAAAGUGUUCGCUCUUUUCUAUACCAUCAUCGCUCCGAUGUUCAACCCUCUGAUCUACACACUGAGGAACGGAGAGAUGAAGAAUGCCAUGAGGAAGGUUUGGUGCUCAAAGCUAAGUUUGACUGGAAGGCAAAUCAUCUGA